AUGGGAAAUUUCAGAAUCAGAGUUAUGAGAUGUGGCUUAAAAAGUCAUGUGAUUCUGUGUUCAGAGCAGAUGGAGAGUCUCGCUAGAGAAGUGAAAAUCAUAUACAUAGAAUCACGUGGAAAUUCUAGAAAGAAAAAAACUGUAAUAACCGAAAAUGAGAACUCUAAGGCCGAUUACAUGUCGCGAAGGAGAAGAAUUUAUAGGGUCGCAGACGCGCAAAGAAAGCGGUCGUGGAGCCGAGCAGAGCGUGAGGGCCACCGCGAGGGCAGCGGCACCAGGAGAGCAGCUGGGAUGUGCGUGCAAUCGGGGUCCCGCAAGAGGAGGAGGAGAAAACGGCCGGUGACGUCCUUCAAAACCAAUCAAAGGCGUGAAGCUACAAGAAGCACCUGCACCACUAAGACGGGUAAAUACAAGUCGCACCUGGGUGACCUCAGUCAGACCGCAGGACACCAAAGGCAGGGAGAAACGUAUCAGGCGCCAGAAGACCCGGCGCUGCGGUGGAUAGAGGUGGUGGAGACACUCCCUAACUCUAACCCUCGUGGCCCGAGAUGCAGCCCCGGACACGCGGCUGCUCAGUCAGCGCUGCUGGAAACUCUCCUUUCACUUCUGGACUGCGUGUUGCUGUUGCAACUCCCAGGUGACGGCCCAGACGUGAGGCUGCGCCUGCCUGCUCCGGCUUCCUUGUGGGUUGUUUUGAUGCUGGAAGGGGUUUAAAUCUUAAGUCUCUGAUAGUUUGUAAGAACAUCGCAUGGCGGGGCUUCCCUGGUAGCGCAGUGGUUGAGAAUCUGCCUGCUAAUGCUGGAGACACGGGUUCGAGCCCUGGUCUGGGAAGAUCCCACAUGCCGCGGAGCAACUAGGCCCGUGAGCCACAACUGCUGAGCCUGUGCGUCUGGAGCCUGUGCUCCGCAACGAGAGAGGCCGCGACAGGGAGAGGCCCGCGCACCGCGAUGAAGAGCGGUCCCCGCUUGCCACAACUAGAGAAAGCCCUCGCACAGAAACGAAGACCCAAUACAGCAAAAAAUAUAAAAUUAAUUAAUUAAAAAGAAGGCUCAACAUUUAAAAAAAAAAGAACAUCGCAUGGCACUCCCUCCAACCUAAUACUUUCUGCAAAACAAAACCGAAGUCCCGACUCCGUAGUUCCAAACAUUUUUCGAGGGUGACGGCGACCUCGGCUGUGGCCUCGGCUGUCGUCGCUCUGGGGUGACCCUGUGGCCGGAUUACCAGCCACAGCUCUCCGUGCCCCCAGCUCUCCGUGUUUGGUGCCUACAGGGUACCUGGGGAUCCAUACACUGGAAUUGAAGCUUGACCAAAACACAGGGACAUUCCCCGACAUUCCACACGUGGGGAGGAGGCUCCCCGCCCCCUUGAGCUGCCCGAGUCCUGAGUCGCCUGUCCAGUCGCCAGGGAUAGCUGCUGAGAAGGCACUGUUCUCAGGAAAGCCCCAUUCCUGCACUUUCUCUUCUCUUUUUUGCUCAUGUCCACCCCGACCUUUUCCUCUUGCUCUGCCUCAAACCCCAAAGGAAGAAAACUGACCACCUAGAGGGGUGGGAUAGGGAGGGUGGGAGGGAGAAUUAAGAGGGAGGGGAUAUGGGGACAUAUGUGUGCAUAUACCUGAUUCACUUUGUCAUACAGCAGAAACACAACAAUGUAAAGCAACUGUACUCCAAUAAAGAUGUUUAAAAAAAAAAAAGAAAAAGAAAGGAAGGAUAUCGAGGCCAAUAGGGAGGAAGAGAGGACAGGACAGGGAUCCCUAACGUCCCCCCAGACAUGAGAGGUUGUAGGACCACAAACCAGAAUCUCCCCUCCCAGGACUGACUGCAAAGUGCUUCCUGCUUGAACCAGCCGGAAUUACCGGCCACCCUCCCCUGCCCCCAGAUGUGAGGGCCUGGGGCCCAGCAGCAGGGCAGCCCCCUCCCCCCCAGCUUAUGACUGUGAGUCAUGUGUCUGCUGACUCCACAGAACCAGCCAGAGACGAGCACGCCCUCUUUCCUGGCUGCCUCGCGCCCAGCUGGGUGAACCAGGCCCUGAUACUCAGAACAACCCCGGGCAACGCGUUCAUUCGUGAAUUACUUUCAUAUAGAAUGAAAUUCCAAGGAUAUUUGGAAUUGACUUAAAUUUCUAUGAAUGCUAUAUAGUCCAAGGUUAUAGUGCAGUAGUUAAAUGUUCUGAAGGUGAAACCAUGAAAUGGAAACACAGUCCUGAUGCUUCUGAAGUUUGCCAAAUGCAUGCAGCCACGAAACUUCAGUGGUAAAGCUAUAGCCUCCUGGGUAUGAAAGCUUUGUUCCCAGCAGCAUCUAGUGGAGGCGGGAUGUGGAUUAGGUGGGACCCCUGGGUUUCUGUGAAGGAUCCCGUUACAGGUUGAAUUGCCCCCCCUACCCCCCAGAAUAGAUAUAUUGGGUCCUAACCCCUGGCACCUCAGAAUGUGACCUUAUUUAGAAAUAGGGUCUUUAUAGAGGUAAUCAAGUUAAAAUGAAGUCAUUAGGGUGGGUCCUAGUGCAAUAUGACACGUGUCCUUAUGAAAAGGGGGUCUGGACACAGCACGUGAGGACUGGCAGUGUGCUGCCACCAGCCAGGAGGGAGGCCUGGAACAGACCCUCCGCUGCGCCUCCCAAGGGAGCUCGGCCCCCAGAGCUGUGAGAAAAUAAAUCCCUGUUGCUCUAAGCCGCCCGGUUGUAGCACUUGGUUACAGCAGCCCCAGGACACCGACAGGGCCCUAAAGUGAGAGGGACUGUGUCCUGAGUGCAGGCGGCCGGGCCUGAGCCUGCCUCCCGGCUGGGCACUUCUCAGCAGUGUGAACACACAGUUUCUCUGCACUGAUUUCCUUAUUGUAUGCACAUAUUAUACAUCCGCAUUCUAAAUAGAAUGACAGAUACGGACAGAGAUGUGGUCAUCGGUACACGCUGGCUGCACCCAUGUCUUAGCUCCGGCUGCUGUAACUACCCCAGGGGUUGGAGGCUUAAACGGCAGGCGUUUACUGCUCACAUUCUGGAGGCUGGACGUCCAGAUCCCGUGUCUGGUGAGGACAGACAGACCCCCUUCCAGCUUCAUCGACGGCAUCUUCUCCCUGUGUCCCCAGGUGGCAGGGAGGGGAUGGGGGUGGAGAGAGAGAGUUCUUAUCAGGGCACUGGUCCCAUCACGGGGGCUCCACCCUCGUGACCUCAUCACCUCCCAAAGGCCCCCUCCCAACACCGCCACCUUGGGGUUAGGAGUCCACGUAUGGACUUUGGGGACACACACACUCAAGCUAUAGCAGGCCGUAUGGGAUAAAUGAGAAGAGGUGCCUCUUUUUCUCCUGGACCAGGAGCUCUUGGGAGGCAGCGAGUAAUGCCGAAUCAUCCCUUCACGUUUCCACCCUGGCGACGGCCUAACCCGCACGUAGUGGACACUGAACGAGGGUCUGAGCCACUGGGCUCAACCGUAACCCUCACACGGAACCCUUGCGACCACCCGGAGCACCCUGCACGGGGCCCGGGGUGCAGCGCCUGCAGGGACGCCCCGCACAGUGGUGGUUGUCUGGCCCCAAGGUGCUUUAUGUGCGGAGUUUACAAUUUAAUGUUUAAAUUCUUCCGUGUCUCACAUGACUGAGCUCAGAGUGAUUUCGCCUAAAACAGGAGCCUCUCCACGGAUCCAGGCAGCCCCUGCCCUCCCCCACCUGACAGGUCCCCAGUGGCGCCCAGAUUCGUCACAUUGCCCCCCCAGCUGCACCCCAGUUCCAGGCCAGCCUUGGGUGCCCCACAGUCUUCUGCUUCCUGCUUGUUGAUAAUUUAAUGUCUGUUACCAAAAUGGUCAUUAAGAAGCCAAACUAAAGCCUGGAUUGGAGAGGGAUGGUGUCAGCGUCUGGGUAGCACCCCGUCCCAGAUUCACGCAUGAGCCUUUGUAUCACUGGCUCAUGGGUUUACUUUACAGAAAGAACUUUCAAGGCAGCUUGACUUGAAUUUACAAGUCAUAUGUCAACAGGAGACAGGAGGACAGAAGCUCCGCAGACCUUAUCUGUUCCUCUUUUUCUUUUUUUUUUUUAAACAUCUUUACUGGAGUAUAAUUGCUUUACAAUGUUGUGUUAGUUUCUGCUGUAUAACAAAGUGAAUCAGCUAUACGUAUACAUAUAUCCCCAUAUCC